AUGAGUAGCAUAAGGGCAAGGCUAAGGCCAAGACCGAUGCCAUUGAAUAUAUUUCAGGACAUAGAUGGAUUGCCUCGGAUUAUAUUGACUGAGCCAACUGGUUCAUCCGCAGAGGUGCUUCUAAAUGGAGGGCAGGUUGUUUCUUGGAAGAACGAACGGAAGGAAGAGUUGCUUUUUAUGAGCACCAAGACUAACUGGAAACAAUCCAAAGCAAUCAGAGGUGGUAUAUCAGUUUGCUCUCCAGAGUUUGGGAAUACUGGUUCACUAGAACAACAUGGAUCUGCAAGAAACAGAUUGUGGUCAUUGGAUAGGGACCCUUCUCCUCUACCUCCAUCAGACAAUCAGUGCUCUGUUGAUCUGAUAUUGAAGUCAACAGGAGUUGACUUAAAGACCAGACCAUGUAGUUUUGAGUUUCGGCUCAUUCUGAUUCCAAGAGUCAGAAACACUGAUAAUAAAGCACUUUCUUUUACACUGUCAAUAAGCAACUAUUUGUCUGUAUCAGAUAUCAGUGAAGUGCGCAUCGAGGGAUUGGAGACACUUGAUUAUUUUGACAAUUUGAUGAACAGAUCAAGGUUCACAGAGCAGGCAGAUGCAGUUACUUUUGAUGGCCAUAUGGACAGGGUGUACUUGUGCACCCCAACAAAGAUUGCUAUCAUAGACCAUGAGAAAAAAAGAACUUUUGUACUGCAGAAGAAUGCAAUGCCAGAUGCAGGGGUAUGGAAUCCAGGGUAUAGGAAGGUGAAGGCUCUACCUGAUAUGGGGAAUGAUGAUUACAAGUUCAUGAUAUGUGUGAAUUCUGCAGCUAUUGAAAACCCAAUUGUCUUGAAGCCCUAUGAAGAGUGGAAGGGCUAUCAAGAGCUCUCUACUGUUUCAUCAAGCUAUUGCAGUGGACAAUUGGAUCCUCGAAAAGUUCUUUAA